GCGUUGUCCUCCAUGGACAUGGAGCAGAGAGACUACGACUCCAGGACGGCUCUGCAUGUUGCAGCUGCUGAAGGACACGCUGAGGUGGUCCGCUUCCUGCUGGAGGCCUGCAAAGUCAACCCAGUUCCUAAAGACAGGUGGGGAAACACACCACAGGAUGAAGCAGUUCACUUCGGUCAUCACGACGUGGUGACCAUCCUGCGAGAUCAUCACACGAAGUACAACCCGCAGGAGACGACCACCGACAAGCAGAGCGCAGAGCAGAACCUGGACGGGUUGCUCUGAGGGAGAGAAGAAGAAGUCAGUGAAGCCGAGCGGGACGGUUUGUUCUCAGAGAGAAACGUCUUAAAUCAGGAGGUUUGAGAGGAGAAUCUAUCAAACACUCACAUGUAGGAACAGUUAGGAACAUUAAACUGUAAAGAGGAAUCUUUAGAAACAACUUAGAUAACAGUCCGUUAAACACACACCCCUCCAGUGUAAAAGCUCCUCCUCAUGUUGUUAGAUGUAGUAAGUUUUUGUAAGAUAAAUUGUAUUUCUGUUUGAUUUCUCCUCCUGUGUUCAGUCAUCACCUUUGUAGCUCUGUAGGAAGUGACCAGCCGCCAGCAGAAUGCUGGGUAAAUUUGGCUGCGGCUGGUGAGUUAAAGGACUCACCUGUUUUUAUUUUGAAAAGGUGAUAGAGGAAGUAGCAGGUGUAAUUUGGAGUCCAGGUGUUAAAAAACCU